CCACAGCUUUCUGGCAUCCAUCUCUCCCGCUUCUUCCAGACAAAUCCUUGUCCUUCUCUCUCUCUAUGCAUUAUAUCAUAUUCACCACCUCACCAAAUCUUUUCCAAGCAAAACUACGACAACCAAAAGCCAGCACCAAUAGCAUUAUCGAAAUCAUAUAUACCAGAAGAAGAAGCAAUAAACAACCUCCGUAGCCGCUGAAAUUGUACAAGCUAAAACUGCUCUCUCGGCAGCAGAAAAGAAAAAGAAUAAAAUAGAAAAAAAGUGGUCGAAGAAAAAGAUGGGUGUUGAUUAUUACAAGGUUUUGCAGGUUGAUAAGAACGCAAAGGAUGAUGAUUUGAAGAAGGCCUACAGAAAGCUUGCCAUGAAAUGGCACCCUGAUAAGAACCCCAACAACAAGAAAGAAGCUGAAGCCAAAUUCAAACAGAUCUCUGAGGCCUAUGAGGUCCUGAGUGAUCCCCAAAAAAGAGCAAUCUAUGAUCAAUACGGAGAAGAAGGUCUAAAAGGGCAAGUUCCGCCCCCUGAUGCAGGGGGACCCGGUGGUGGUGCUACCUUCUUUCAAACUGGGGAUGGUCCGAACGUUUUCAGAUUCAACCCCCGAAAUGCCAACGACAUUUUUGCUGAAUUCUUUGGCUUUUCAAGUCCGUUUGGAGGAAUGGGAGGUCCCGGUGGUGUCGGCGGUGGCAGUGGCAUGAGGGGUUCGAGAUCCUUCGGUGGGAUGUUUGGGGAUGACAUAUUUAGUUCAUUUGGGGAAAGUAGGCCAAUGAGUCACGCUCCGAGAAAGGCUCCGCCCAUAGAGAAUACACUGCCCUGUAGCUUAGAGGAGCUUUAUAAGGGGACUACUAAGAAGAUGAAGAUCUCCAGGGAAAUUGCUGAUGCCAGUGGGAAGACCUUGCCAGUGGAAGAAAUCCUAACCAUUGAAAUCAAGCCUGGCUGGAAAAAGGGAACAAAAAUCACAUUCCCAGAGAAGGGUAAUGAGCAGCCGAAUGUUAUUCCUGCGGAUCUCGUAUUCGUUAUCGAUGAGAAGCCACACAGCACAUUCACAAGGGAUGGAAACGACCUAGUUGUCACGCUGAAGAUCUCCUUGGCAGAAGCUUUAACAGGGUAUACCGUCCAUCUCACCACGCUAGAUGGAAGAAGCCUCACCAUUCCCAUCAACAGUGUGAUUCAUCCAAACUACGAAGAGGUGGUGCCAAAGGAAGGAAUGCCAAUACCAAAAGAACCUUCAAGAAAGGGCAACUUAAGGAUCAAGUUCAACAUCAAAUUCCCAACCAGGUUGACUUCAGAGCAGAAGUCCGGAAUUAAGAAACUUCUGGCGCCCUGAUUGGAUUGCAGAGAAGGUUGUAAUAUGAGAUUUUGAAACUCCCUUGUGGAUAUGUUUUUUUGGACGUGGCUUGGAGACUGGAGUUGUAUCAAUAGUUUGCUUUGUAUGGUUUGACACAUUUAGUUAUUCAGACAAAUAAAGAAGGAUAAACAAAUUUUCUUCCAAAAGGAAAGUACUCAAUAAUUUUGAUUAAUCCGGCUAUCAACUUUGUCCCCUGAGUAAACAGGAUUGUGAUGGUUUUGGAAAAUCAAUAUUAUUGAUUCGUAUGUGGUCCCCUCCUGCAUGUUUUCCUUUAAGCCUGCAGAUGGAGUUUUAUGGAAUAUUUAUGAAUUACCGAUGUUAAAUUGAGUAUAACUUGAUGACUUCAGGUGUAACAUAUUUCAAGCUUCAGCAGCCUAACGAUGGAAGGUAUGGACAGUCGGUAUUUUCAGUUUCUUCUGUUCUGUGGCACUUGAAGUGGGCAUGGACAAGUAUCUGUGCGAAUUGAAUUGUUCAACACCCUUUCAAUUUUCUAUAAACAAAUAAGCUAAUAAUAAUAAGGUUAAACACACCUGAGGGGGUGUGUGUAUAUGUAUAUAUAUAUAUAUAUAUAUGUGUAUCAGGCAGAUUAAGACUUUUAUUUAUUUAUAGUUAUUUGUAAUGUGUGUAUAUAUAUAUAUAUAUAUAUAUCAGGCAGAUUAAGUCUUUUAUUUAUUUAUAGUUAUUUGUAAGCCAUUACAUAUAAAACCAUGAUUGGUAAUAUACACUUUAUUCGAGUGUCC